AUGGGUAAAUAUAAUCCAACUGGUCGAUUACGAAUAACAUUUCCUAAAUAUAAUCAUCGGUUAUCCACAUAUGAUUAUAAAUGGUGUGAAGUUCUACUUGAUAAUACAAUUGAUGUUGAAUUCGAAUUUGGACAUGGUCUAAGUUAUACAACAUUUGUUUAUUCACAUCUUAAUGUUUCAUCAACAAUUAAAUGGAAUGAUCAAAUAAAUAUUACUUUAAAUGUACGCAAUAAUGGUUCAAGACAAGGUGAUCAUACAGUACUUUUAUUUAUUUCCGAUAUUUAUCGAUCCAUCACACCACCAAAUAAAGAACUAAAAGGUUAUACAAAAAUAUCUUUAGAUCCAUAUGAACAACAACAAAUUCAAUUUAUUCUUAAUCGAACUGAUUUAUCAUUUAUUGGUCUAAAUUUAACUCGACAAACUGAACCUGGUCUUUUUAUUAUAACAGUUGGUAAUUUACAAGCGAAUUUUACUUUAUUAGCGGAUGAUAUACAUUCUGAUUAA